CGCAGCCCCACCCUCGCAGCCCGACCAAAAGGUGUGGUUCGUCACAGGCACGUCCUCGGGCGGGCGCGGCUGCAUAUCCUGGAGCUUGACGUGACGGAGCCCGAGGAGAGCAUCCGGCGCAAGGCCGCGGAGGCGGUCGCCGUGUGGGGGAGGGUAGACGUGCUCGUGAACAACGCGGGGAACGCGCCGAAGAGCCUGCUGGAGGAGGGAGGGUCGACGAAGGCUCUGGAGCAGUUCAACGUCAACUUCUUCGGCCAGCUGAACGUCACGCACGCGAUCCUGCCCUACAUGCGCGACCGCAUGUCCGGGACUGUCGUGUUCUUUGGGAGCAGGUCGGUCUGGAAGCCAGAUGCUGUGAUGACAGGAUACUACAUCGCAUCCAAAGCGGCCAUCCACGCAUACAGUGAGACGCUCGCCGCGGAGGUCGCGCGGUUCAACGUGAAGGUGCUGCUCGUUGCCCCAGGGCACUUCCGCACGGAGAAGCUGCACACCGCGCCGUACGUGAUGGCGCACCACAUCCCCGCGUACGACGCGAUGCGCGAGGAGGAGAUGGCGCGCUUCAACAAGCUCUGGCACAAGGCGCGCGGCGAUACGGACCGCGCGGUCGAGGUCGUCGUCGACGUCGUGCGCGGCGAGGGGUGCGCGGCGGGCAGGCCGAUGCCGUUCUGGCUCCUCCUCGGGAACGCGACGUAUGUGAACGCGCGGGCGCAUGCGGACCGCCUCGCGCAGGAUAUGGAUGCGUGGCAGGACGUCGCGAAGGACCUGGAUAUCCAGGAGGAGCAGGAGGCGUGAGCGCGCGGGAAGGCGGAUAUGGUUUGGAUGUAACGUUACCUCUAUGUAUUUUCCUCAUGACAGGAGGCAUCGAAUGCGAAGUCGGUCUGUGUACCGAUCGGGAGCGUCCCUUAGUAGACCGGCCCUCGACACCAUCUUCGAGGAGUGGUAGACGAGCGGAGGCAUAUAAUGCCAGAUGGGCGUACACAUGUACCCAUAUGUUACUCGCGGCGAUAUCGCAGCCCAGAGUCCGGUUGCGCCAACGCAAACCUUUUAG